AACAACUUGCUGUGUCCAAACGGCUACUUAAAGAGAGGCUGUGUUGAAAGCGGCGUUCUUCCGGAGACUGAAGCAGCGACACAAGUGUUAUUCCUCACUGGAAACUAAACCGUAAGUUGUGUUAUGUGACCUGCUGGAGUCCAGUAACAGAUAGCCUUAGCAUUAGAGGCCGUUUAAAAACAUAGACCGCCUUUUCAUUAUUCAUAAGACGGGCACAUGUUGUUGGCUAUCGGUGUCAUUGUAUGGUGUUGGGGAUUGUUGAGUCGCAGACCGAUGCUGCGCCGCCAGGGCAAGCAGAAAGGCCGCUGUUGCGUCUUGUUCAGUGACCUGAAGGUUUUCCUACUCAGGCCACCGACACCGUCGGCAUCGCCACCUGCCUUCACACCCAUGAACGAACUAAACGCGGAGGGCAAUGCGACGAGCAGCGCCACAGAGAGCCACUCUUUAGCCAACGGACAUUAUCAACCGGUAACAGGUGAGGAGGCUUUGGACACACGAGGGCCCGAUGACUGGACCCAUAGCGUAGUGGACCCGCCGAGGACACUGGACUGCUGCAGCUCAUCUGAGGAUUGUUCUAAGGAAAAGCUGGAUGAAAGGUUAUCACUCAACAGCUGCACGGACAGUGGAGUGAGGACUCCAUUGUGUCGGAUCUGUUUUCAGGGCCCAGAGCAGGGGGAGCUGCUGAGCCCAUGUCGCUGUAGUGGUUCUGUGCGCUGCACUCAUGAGCCCUGUCUUAUUAAAUGGAUUAGUGAGAGAGGAUCCUGGAGCUGUGAACUCUGCUACUACAAAUACCAGGUCAUCGCCAUUAGCACCAAGAACCCACUACAGUGGCAGGCCAUCUCUUUGACAGUGAUAGAGAAAGUACAGAUAGCUGCAGCCGUUCUGGGUUCCCUGUUCCUGAUAGCCAGUAUCUCCUGGCUGGUGUGGUCAUCCCUCAGCCCAUCGGCCAAGUGGCAACGGCAGGACCUGCUCUUUCAGAUCUGUUACGCCAUGUACGGCUUCAUGGACCUGGUGUGCAUCGCCCUGAUUGUCCACGAAGGACCGUCUGUGUUUCGCAUCUUUAACCGCUGGCAGGCUGUCAAUCAGCAGUGGAAAGUCUUAAACUACGACAAGGUCAAAGACAAUGAGGACCACCAGAAGACUGGUGCCACAUUCCGGACCCUCUCUCUGCCGCUGACGCACCGCAUGGGGCAAAGCGGCCCUGAAGGCGAACCCUCCACCUCCACAUCCUCCCUCAUGGCUGCAGCUGCAGCAGCCGCGGCGGGCACAGUCACCCCUACCACAAACUCCAUCCCACCGGCAGCAGGUGCUACGACAGAGCCGCAGGACUCAUCUGAGCCCAGCAACGGGCAGCCCUCUCUGCCAGACCACCACUGUGCUUACAACAUCCUUCAUCUCCUCAGCCACCUCAGGCAACAGGAGCCGCGCGGACAAACCAGCAACAGCAACCGAGAACUGGUCAUGAGAGUCACUACAGUCUGAUGCUUCGUUUACACUUCAAUCCCUGCAUGCGACUUAUUUUAAGGAUCGAUGGAGCAGAAUUAAACAGUGUUACUCGCUGACCCGGUGCACUGCUGUCUGGGUUCAA